AUGGCUUCAUUAUUUCGACGACAGGAUCCUGACCCGGAGCUAUGUAUGAAGUAUGCUCACUUUGCUUCUCAUAUGGUACGAUGGCAUGGUCAAGCAGCUAUAGAAAAGCUUGCUCAUAAUCCCAAAGCACGAACGAAACGGAUACGACAGUCGGUCAUGAUGUGUCUUGGGUGUGUCUCUGUCUCAACAGUCAUCGUUGUUAUGGAAGCGUAUUCCAUUCUAGCUCUUCAGUUUUGUGAUGGCGAAGACCUCAUCUCACUCUACUGGUCUACCUGGACCAUGAUCCAAGUCGGUUCUUUGAUUGCAAUGAUUGGUAUCAUUCUUGCACUGGCACAUACCCUUCGUGGGAGACAGCAUCCACCAUGGGCACUUGCAUUAGGUACACCCGUUCUUGUGAUCGCCGGAUUUCUUCAUCUCUUCCACGAUUGCACAAAGAAGCGAAUCCGAAGUCAUCGUCGAAGAAACGACUUUGAUGAUAGCAUGGGGCCUCCAAUGAGUCAGGCUAACACAAUUUCGGUCAACCCCGAUGAAGAAGAAGACAUUGAAUACAAAGCACAAGUAAUUGGACUUACAUUCGAUGGUGGUCCAAUCAUUCGAUACACAGAUGCUGUACCCGAAACUUUGCCUGAACAUGCUGAACUAUUGGGAUACUGUGCACAGAGCAAGCCUAUUGUCAUGUGUAAACGUGAGACUGUUCAAUUUCUGAUGGACUCUCCAGCUCGAGUACCACCAUCAGCAUCACCAGCUUUUCGCAAGGGUAACUGAGACAUUCCGUUUCGGACCUUGCAAAGCUGAGGCAUCCAACGGCCGACAGGGAUGAGAUAAGAGUUGAGCGUCAAAGCACGCCAAGACAAGGGAGAUGCGCUUUGACUUUAUGCGUUGUUGUCGCCUGAACUAGCAGGCAUUAUUCUUGGGUUUCUUGAGUUACUGGGUUUGCUUGGGAGUUUGUUAUAGAUACAGGAUAAUGGCGGUGGACAUCAAACAAAAAGGAGGAAUGGGAUUGGGGCAUGGUUUGGUGUCAUGGCGGACGGAAAGGCUUCAUGAUACUGAAGAUAAGAUACCCUGAGCGAUAAGAUAAUAAAUGGAUUUUGUACUUGCAUAAUUCGGUGCAUAAAAUGUGCAUCUCAUCGAGAUCGUCGGUGAUGUCAGCGAUGAUCU